ACUAUUUAGCCCUCUUCUAUACACAAUCUCUCCCAAAAACCCUUUCUCUCACAUCUUCAUCCAAGUGGAACAAAAUUCCAAAUUCCCAAUGAAUCAACUGAUUCUCCCCUUUUCACUUCUCCUCUCUUUUUUCUGCUAUGUUGAAGCACAAUUACCCGCAGACGAGUACGACUCACCUUCACAAAAUUUCCAACCGAGCAUCGCAGCAGUGCUCGCGGUCCUGAUUAUAAUGUUUUUCCUAACCAUAGUUUUAUCCAUGUACACAGUAUGCUGCCACGGUACCAGGGCCGCCCGCAACAAUCGACGAACUCCCGAGGUGUUAGAGAGUUCGAUUCCACGAUCUUCUGGGGUCGACAGAAUAGUGAUCGAAUCGCUUCCUUUCUUCAAGUUCUCUGCCCUCAGAGGGCUAAGGGGAGGGCUGGAAUGCGCGGUCUGUCUCUCCAAAUUCGAAGACGUUGAAGUUCUCCGGUUGUUGCCAAAGUGCAAACACGCGUUUCACAUCAAUUGUGUCGAUCAGUGGCUUGAAAGCCACUCCAGUUGUCCUCUUUGUAGGCAGAGAAUCAGCGUUGAGGAUUUAACGGGCUCAAAUAGUUCGAGGGUUUUGUCGAGCCAGUCGGAGGUGAGGGAGGACUCGAACGUGGAGCUAUUUGUUCAGAGGGAGGAUAGCCGUCGACACGGGUCUUCAAGAUUUAGCAUUGGAAGCAGUUUUAGGAAAUUCGAAAAGGGUGUUGUUGUAAAGGAAGACGUGUUGCCAAUCCGCAAAGCUUGCGAAGGUCUUGAGGAAAAUGACAAGUUUCUGCAUAAACUCAACCACAAGAUUAUUAUGUCUGAUUCUGUGUUCAAGAGCAGGUGGAGCAAUCUUAGUUCCUCUGACCUUCUCUUCUUGAGUUCAGAAAUGCUUGGCGAUGUCUCAAGCAAUAGGUUUCCUCUUUUGGAUUCAAACACCCAAGAAAACUCUACCACAUGGGCGACUAACGAGGGUGAAAUCGCGAAGAUUAAGGAUGGCACGGGGAUGAAAAUGGAUUUCGAAACCAAGGUUGGCGAAUUAAACCAGAACGAUUCAUACCUGUUAUCGAGUGGUGGUAAUUCUUUGAAUCCAUCGAGGAAUUUGCAUCCGAACGAGAAGAGAUCGAUGUCGGAUAUCGUUGUUCAUUCAAGAUUCAAGGAAAUGGAUACGAGGAAUAACAGCGUCAGGGAAUCCUCUGUCCCGGAAAAUGCUGCCAAGGAGGAAAGAUUGAAGAGGCUUUGGUUGCCGAUUGCGCGAAAAACAGUUCAAUGGUAUGCUAGUAGAGAUAAAAAGUAUCGACAUUCAAAUUACACAAGACAAUCAUUGGAUGUGUAGCUUCAAUUUUCCGCCUCUCGAAAUUUGCGUUUGUUGAUGAUUUGGAGGUUGAAAUUCUUUUCAUUCUUUCGAAGAAAUGUUUUGCUUAGGUAGGGUGGUCACCCGGGUCCAUGAACAAAAAUUUGACUUUACAAUUAUGCCGGCUAAGGAAGCGUGGAUCUUUACUGAGUCAGGCUCAUGCCCAUUCUUUAUUGUUUGCACCUUGCGAGGGAAGAGAGAGAUUUGCCUUCAAUAUGUAAUUCAUUCCGUUAAUAGUCACAGUUUGUUUUGU